UCAGUUCGCGUCGGAUAGCUCAAUAAUAUAUACAUAUGGUUUCCUUCAAGUUUUUAUUAGUUUUGUGUGCUUACAAAAUAGUGUUUUGUGCACUGUAAAUAAACAGCAACGGAAAAAAAUCCAUUUCGUUACGUGAUAACAAACAAUUUAAGUUAAUAACAAAUCGUCGAAAUGUCACCGUUCGAAGUAGGAUUCAUACGUAGGACAUGUCAAUGUUCGUGAAAAUUCUGUGAAAAUCGGAGAGUUCUCUGGAAAAUAGCAAAACAUUUUUUUUCCUUCUACAGAAUAUCGAUUUUAUAAUGUGCAACUGUAUGUAGUUAGUGUGUAAAAUUCAUGAUAUUAUGACGACAGCACUUUAUCCACUUGUGCAUGACGUAAUGCAGCGUAUAACAUAAUGUGUGUGUGGUUUUGAGUGCUAACUGUUUUAAAGAACUGCGCCAGCAUAUGGUCCUCAGAGCUAAAAAGACUUUUUUUUGUGCUACCUUAAAUAAUGCUGUUUGGAGUGCUUUAUAUGUUAAUUGCACCUUUUCGUUGAUACGUUUUUUUAACGUCGAGUUUUGAGUGAGCAUUAUUAUUUAAGAACAAUCUUCGACAAUCACAUCGGAAUGGUGUAGCAUCACAAAUUACUAAAAAGGAAAUUGAACGAGCAGCUGAUAACAACUGCAAUGCCUCUACAUUGGUCGGCACGACAUCAUCCCAAACAACUGAAAAUUCCGGAUGCAUUCCUAAUAAAAAAACAUCCGGAGACAAAGAUACUAGUGGUGCAGUCACGAACGAAAAACAUAAAAGUCAAUAUAAAGAAACUAUCGACCAAAAGAAAAAUCUCCCGAGGGAAAAACGAAUUGAAAAAGUGUAUUGGAAAGAGGCUUUUCCACCAUUAUCAACGUGUAGAAAACAUUGUGAAAGGUACUCAAAUCGACAAAUCGAACGACAACAGCAGCAGCAGCAGCAUCGUCAUCACCACGCCGAACAGCUUUCCCGUUCCAAUAUCCAGCUUAUGAACACAUCUUCAUUGAGCUUGAUAAAUAUUCAACCGAAAAAUAUCGUAACAUCAGCAGCAACACCAACCAGAAGUUCAUUAAGAAAUCGAAAAAAUUUUCAUUUAAUUAAAUCAUCAUCAUCAUCAUCAGCACCGUAUAUUGACAACAGCUGUAAAAAAACUGAAGUUCUAUUCGAUUCUACAAAGUGUAUUUGCAAUCCACACAAACAUUAUUUUGCUGACAGUGUCGAAAAAUCGCACUUUAUUAGUAGGACACGCGGCAUCGAUUCAAAUAAUAAUAUAAAAACCGAAACAGUCGAUUCAGUGUUGUUGUGUCGUCGUAAUAAUGAUGGGGUUGUAAAUGAGUUUAAUCCAAAUCAUACAGACAAAAUCAAUUCGAUCGCGUACAACGACACUAGUGGAACCGAUUCAAUAGUGCGUCAUCGUCAUAAUCAAUCCGAACGAUUCAAUGAGUCGAUAAGUGUUUGCAGUGAUUGUAACAGGAAAAACGUAAACAAUCAAUUAUUGAACGAAAUCCAAUACGCUAGUGAUGUAAAUGUAGUGCCAAAGUUUAAUCAAUUAAUAUCUUCCAUUGUAAGACUUCAUGUGCAAUUGUUAACACACAAUUUGUGUUCAAUAAUCUUUGAUUUAUGCGACCGCUACGUAUAUAACGAACUGAAUAAACUUACGUAUGUUAAGCUUUUAUGUGAUAGAGUGAAUUUGAUCAGAUGUAGUUUGAAACAAAAUUAUUGUAAAAGUUCCUUCAUAAAUACGACUAUGGCGUGGUUACGUUCAAUGAAACUUAAAGAACGGCUUGCCGUUGGAUUAUGUAUUACAUUAGUGUUGAUGACAGUGCUAUUGUUAGCCGAUUUGCAGCUAGACCUAGGUGUAUCCCGUAAUCAUUUAAUGUCUUCACAUGGCAAAAUUCGUUAUGUGAAUGACGAGGAUAAGAGCGGAGUUUUUAUGGACUUUGUUCGGAAGCUUCAGAAUGGAAAUUCAUCCGGUUCAAGAGAAAUGUCAACUGUGGGCCACCAUCGAGCACACAGUGAUACAUCUGGUCCAGGCCAAAUUUACAUCCCAACGAAACCGCCAAUACAUGAUAAAUUUAAAGAUUUACUUGCCCUGGUUAUUGAACCGAGAGAUAAACAUAAUCCUGCCGAUUUCGAAAAGGUUAUUGUCAAAUCGGAAAGUGAUAAUAUCAAUCCAACAUUGGGUGAUCUAAUGGAAAUGAAAGCGAGCGAAAACGCAACCAACUUGGAAAAGUUCCAACUGUCGAUUAGUAAACAAGAAUUAUAUCGUGUUGACGACCCAGUGGUAAAUGCACUUCUAAACGAUAUGGCUAAUCUGCCUAUAAUACAUGUUGAGCAGAAGGAUGGUGGCACACAGAUAAAAUUGAUUAUCGAGUAUGACAACAAAAUGCAAUCGUUAUUCAAACCUAUGAGGUUUCCAAGAGAACAACAAACUUUGCCAAACCACUUCUACUUUACGGAUUUUGAACGUCAUACUGCUGAAAUUGCUGCCUUUCAUUUGGAUCGCCUGUUGGGAUUUCGUCGUGCUAUGCCAGUUGUCGGUCGUCUACUGAAUAUAACAACGGAUAUUUAUCAGAUUGCGGACCCAGAACUGCUUAAAACUUUCUUUGUAUCACCGUCCAAUAAUUUAUGCUUUCAUGGUAAAUGUUCAUACUACUGCGAUACAUCACACGCGAUAUGUGGUAAUCCUGAUACUCUUGAAGGAUCUUUCGCGGCUUUUCUACCUAAAUUUGAACUAGCAAACAGAAAGGUAUGGAGACAUCCAUGGAGACGAUCGUAUCAUAAGAGAAGAAAGGCUCAAUGGGAAACAGAGGCUGAUUAUUGUUCAAUGAUUAAGGAUAUCCCACCUUAUGAUGAAGGACGAAGGCUAUUAGACUUAAUGGAUAUGUCAAUUUUCGAUUUUCUGACCGGAAAUAUGGACAGGCAUCACUAUGAAACAUUCAAAGCUUAUGGCAAUGACACCUUUACGUUACAUUUGGAUCAUGGUCGUGGAUUCGGUAAGCCAUUUCAUGAUGAACUGUCAAUCUUAGCUCCAAUGCUGCAGUGCUGCGUGAUACGAUUAUCCACCUUGCAUACACUUCUCAAAUUUCACAAUGGAGAAAAAACUCUGGCCGAAGCCAUGCGAGAUUCCAUGUCAGUUGAUCCGAUAGCGCCCGUUCUAUGGGAACCGCAUCUCGAGGCAUUAGACCGACGUGUGAUAAUCAUAUUACAAGGCGUACGUGAUUGUCUUAAGAAAAAUAUUGCAAAAGAUGUUGUUGUUUCAGACAACACUAGCUGGUCUUAGCGAUAGUCCUCAUUAAGAUAACUCUAUCAGGGGUAGUGCUUGGCAUUGACGCAUAGACGUUCCAUUUUGAUUCGAUGUAACUAUGGUGUUGUAGUUUAAAAACGAUACACGUCAUUCAUUUAUGUCGCAAUCAUUUUUAAACUAGAAUAAUUCCAUCAACAUCAACGAAGUGAAAUUCGAAUUCUAUGCAUCAAUGCCACCACAGUCAGUAGUGGAUGGUAGCACUGAACCUGCUAGUUUUAUUUUUUACUUAUAGAAUUACCAAAACCAAAAUGUUAAAAAUGUUUAAACAAAUUUAGGACUUAAAACAUGCGCAACACAACGUUGACCGUCAAGACAACGUAGAAUUGUGUAAAACCGUUGACUAUAACUCUGACUGUGAGAAGUAAAGAAAAAAUUCAUUUUUUCCAGAUUCUUUCCAAAUCUUCCAUAAAACACAUUAUGUAGCGAUUUGCACAUGAUACGAACACAUAGUCCCCUGAACUAAGCUUCGAAAAUUGAAAAUCGUCCGACUUCAAACAUUUUAAACAAAAUGUUCGGCGCUCGAGGUUCCGCUGUCGAUAACAGAAUGAUCGAUCAGUCGUAUCUAAAUGGUUAGUGAACGUUGUUGUGAACAAUUAAGGUGAAGAGCAAUCACAUUGCCCAUUUCUAGUUUUUAGACAACGACUUUCACUACAUAAUUUAAAAAAAAAAUCUCUGUGGUAUCUGCUUCUACCGGUAAAGGCAAACUUUAACGAAAUAUUUAUUUCAAUUUUUAGGUAUAAAGUAAAACUUGAAGUUUAUAUCCACUUUUUGCAUAGAUAAAAUAGUUUUCCCGAAACGAUUCCGUUCAGAAAAAAAAAUCGAAAAUGCAACUAACUUUUUUUUAAUUGCUUUAUGCAUUGUUUACAAAUAUUUCGCGUUUAUAAAAAUGCAUUCAAAUUUCAAAUAUUUAUUUUGAUGUUAUAGCAUAUCCUGUAUGCAUAUCAGUGCCUCAUACGGCCUGAAGCCUAAUUUCAUAUUUUAUUACAGUAGACGAUACGAAAAACAAUUUGUUCUACGACUUCUAUUUUCGAGCACUUGAAGGGUCCUAGUCUAGUAUCUCAGUUGUUAGGUAAAGCGUUUUUUUGGUUGAACAAUGAACUCAUACCUAGGUCCGUUAGUUGUUCGAUGGCCCGGUUCGUUUUUCAAUCAACUUUGCUUCAGUUAUCCAAUGGAUGUGCUACCGUAAUAACAUCCAAUUUUCCCAUUUCUUGGAAGCAUGGCAUACUUUGUGAAUGACCCCACUAGAACAAAAUUUUUAACUCCCAAGGACCAUGAUAAAGUUGUAUAGAAUUUCUCAUGUUUAAUUAAAUGUUGGAUGAUGUAAAUGAUGUCAUUGCGUUCUAAUUUUUCACGUUGUAGCGUUUGAUGUUUUAAUGUCAUCUUAAAGGAUCAAAUCUUUUCCAAUUACUGACCUCACCAUCCAGUCACACCUUCAGUGCAGAGUUAUAACAAUCGUUUAUGAAUAGAAUUUUUGAUGGUAAAAAUUUGUUUAUCUAGUGCCAAAUUAUAAAAAAUUUAAUGGAAAUGUUUUCAAAUAAAAUAUAGAAAAAUGAAUACGAACAUCUAUAUUAUUAUACAUUAUGUUUCGUCGUGUUUAUGUUUUCGGUUUGAAAAAAAAAAAAAAAAAUUGAAAUGAAAUCUACAAUAUAUUUUAUUAAAAAUUUACUAAAGAUGUUGUGUAAUGAUAAAUUUCACUAUAUUUAUAAUGUGCGUAGCUAAAAUUGUAAUUACUUAUUACUGUUGUGGAAUUACCAUUAUUGACAUCCAUUCGAUGUAAGCGAAUACAGUUCAUUCCACGGAUCAGCGUCGUCGGCUUCUGUCAAAGUACAGUGAGUUUAAUGAUUAGAUGUAUUGUUUGUCUAGGCGAUCAUCUAAUAUGAUAAACAGUUUACGAGCAUAUGCAUCUUAUUCUAAAAUUUACUGCAUUAAUGGCGUAGACAUAUUUGCUGUAAUGUCGACCUCACAUGUGGAAUUGAUAGAAUGAAUUCGAUUAAAAUCGAUGAACGUUAUGCUUCCAUAACAGUAUCCUAAUACUUUAUUUGUUCAUUUAAAAAAAAAAGAAAGAAAAGAAAAUCAAGGACAAAAU